AUGUCUGGCCCCGUCGCUGAUCUGGGCCUCAUCGGCCUUGCUGUCAUGGGACAGAACCUCAUCAUGAACAUGGCCGACCACGGUUUCACCAUCUGCGCCUUCAACCGAACCGUCUCCAAGGUCGACCGGUUCCUGGAGAACGAGGCCAAGGGCAAGUCCAUUGUCGGCGCCCACACUGUCGAGGAGUUCGUCAGCAAGCUCAAGUCUCCCCGCCGCGUCAUGCUGCUCGUCCAGGCCGGCGCUGCCGUCGACGACUGGAUUGCCAAGCUCGUCCCUCUCCUGUCCAAGGGAGACAUCAUCAUCGAUGGUGGCAACUCCCACUUCCCCGACUCCAACCGCCGCACCCAGGAGCUCCUGGCCAAGGGCAUCCGCUUCGUCGGCUCCGGUGUCUCCGGUGGUGAGGAGGGUGCCCGCUACGGCCCCUCCCUCAUGCCCGGCGGUAAUGAGGAGGCCUGGCCGCACAUCAAGGACAUCUUCCAGAGCAUCGCCGCCAAGAGCGACGGUGAGGCCUGCUGCGAGUGGGUCGGUGACGAGGGUGCUGGUCACUACGUCAAGAUGGUUCACAACGGCAUCGAGUACGGUGACAUGCAGCUCAUCUGCGAGGCCUACGACAUCAUGAAGCGUGGCCUCGGUCUCUCCAGCAAGGAGAUUGGUGACGUCUUCGCCAAGUGGAACAAGGGCGUUCUGGACUCGUUCCUCAUCGAGAUCACCCGCGACAUCAUGUACUACAAUGACGACGAUGGCAAGCCCCUCGUCGACAAGAUCCUGGACAAGGCCGGCCAGAAGGGUACCGGCAAGUGGACCGCCGUCAACGCCCUGGAUCUCGGCAUGCCCGUCACCCUGAUUGCCGAGGCCGUCCUGUCCCGCUGCCUGUCCGCCAUCAAGGACGAGCGCGUCCAGGCCUCGUCCAAGCUCGAGUUCGUCAGCCGCAACAACGGCAAGUUCUCUGGCGACAAGGCGCAGUUCCUCGAGGACCUCGAGCAGGCCCUCUACGCCUCCAAGAUUAUCUCGUACGCCCAGGGCUUCAUGCUCAUGCAGGAGGCCGCCCGCGAGUACAAGUGGAAGCUCAACAAGCCCUCCAUCGCCCUCAUGUGGCGUGGUGGCUGCAUCAUCCGCUCCGUCUUCCUCAAGGACAUCACGGCCGCUUACCGCAAGCAGCCCGAGCUGACGAACCUGCUGUUCGACGACUUCUUCAACAAGGCCAUCCACAAGGCCCAGCCCGGCUGGAGAGACGUGGUCGCCCAGUCUGCUCAGCUGGGUAUCCCGACACCCGCCUUCUCGACGGCGCUGUCGUGGUUUGACGGCUACCGCACCAAGGACCUGCCCGCCAACCUGCUCCAGGCCCAGCGUGACUACUUUGGUGCCCACACCUUCCGCAUCAAGCCCGAGUUUGCCAGCAGCAAGUACCCCGAGGGCCAGGACAUCCACGUCAACUGGACCGGCCGUGGCGGCAACGUCUCUGCCUCGACGUACCAGGCUUAA